AUGAGCAUCUCUGGAGAAUCAGACACCCAGAGCUCGCAUAAGAGAUUCUUUGGUGCUUCAAGGAGGUCACCCGUAUCAAGUGACUCAUCAUCAUCUAUAAGUUCUUCCAAUCCUUCACGCUCGCCCACUCCUCCCCCGCGAAGAUCGUCUUGGGGAUUUACUCAAAAGAACCCCCGAACAAACCACCCGUCUCCGUCGAAGCCGCCGAGACCCCCCUUAAGAAGGAAGUUGAAGUGGCCGUCGCUGCGAUCGCGAGCACAAAAUCCCCAAGCAAAAAGCCUACCACACAUCACCAUGUCUUCCCCAGCUGGACCUACCACCACCCUCGGGGGCGGACCCGGCACCUCCCUGUCGGGCCCGAAUCAGGAUAAGAGUACCGUAAAGCACGGUCUUCCCAUGCCUGGCCUGUCGGGCAGUGCCAACGGGCCCAUUGGCAACCUCCUCAAAGGCCCCGUCGACGACGCCGGCAAGCUCAAGGAUGCCGCGCUCCUGGUCGGGAUCAAGCUCGAUCUUGAGGCUGAGGUGCACGCCACGGCCCGCGUCCGCGGCGACAUUGUGGUUGGGCUAUAUUGA